AUGACUUCAGCCGAAGAGUCCGGCACCAGCUCUUGGUACCGGGUGCCGACGUGGUCGGGCAACCCGGCGGAAUGGCGACAGUUCCGCCGGGAGAUGAACUGGUGGAUGGCUUCGCUGGAUGAAGAAUCCUGCAAGAAGUUCAAUGUUGCCGCCCGAUGGGCACUUAGACAAUAUGGUGUGGUCAGGGCUCGUUGUGAAGAAUUCGAUCCCCAGGAUCUUGAAGGGACCAGGGAAGAAGCCAUGACCGAUCCUGACACCGGCGACAAAGUGAUUCGGGUUGCUGCAGACCCUUUUGCAGGCAUCAAGAAACUCAUGACUGCCUUGGAGGCCACGGUUGGGAAGACAGCUUUGGAUAGAAAGGGAGAACUCCGAUCCCUUUACUAUCAAGAAAUCAAACGCAGCCCUGGAGAGAGAAUCUCAGCAUUUUGCACGAGAUUCCGGACCCUUGCAGCUGAGCUCAAGCGGGAAGGCAUAGUGAUGCCGGAGGAGGAGUUAGGCUGGAUGUUGAAAGAACGUUUGGGACUGGAUGCAAUCAGGAAGCAGUUGCUGGAGACAGCCUUGGCAGGUCGGGAGGACUAUGAUGUGGUCGAAUCAGAAUGCCUUCGUCUGUUUCGAGAUUUGCACUCCUCCGACCCUUUGAACAAGAGCAGACCUUUUGAUAAGGCACCACUACUCCAGCGUUUCCUACAGUCCCAUGACAGACACAGCUCCUCUUCGUCCUACAGGCCUUCGACUACAGCCAGCUCGACGGCUCCCUCUUCUCGCUCCUUCCGGACUCAGAGCUCUGGUUCCAGCCGGCCACCUUUCAAGCGUUUUGGCCAGCAGCCUCAACCUCGGCAAGCCUUGAUUGCCGAGGCCCCUGAAGAGGAAGGCCAGAUGGAGGCGGAAGAUGAAGAGCUGAUUCCAGACGAUGAUGGUCAGGGUUACUCUCCUGAGAACCUGACGAUCGAAGAAGUCCUCCAGACCGAAGCUGAGCUUCUUGCCCAAGAGCUGCAGGAGCUCGAGACUGAAGGUUGCGACACUCGAGUGCUUGAAGAUUUGGAGAGCGGCAUGGAACAGGCCGCAGAGAGUCUGUUGACAAUGCGUGAAGCACGCACCAAAAUAGCUGAGGUCAAGAAAGACCGUGGAUAUGGAAAGCCUGGCCAACCGGCUCCUCUUUCGACGAAGCCCCAUGGCAAUCAAGUCCCUCGCCAAAAGAGCGCUACAAAGUGCUUCGAUUGUGGUGAGAUGGGACACUGGGCUGGUGAUGCAGGCUGCAAGGCCCCUGGUGCUGGCCUGGCUCGACCCAAAGGAAAGCCUAAGAGCCAGAUGACGAAGCAGGUCCGUGUCACCGAGACCCUGAAUACUGAACAUGUGGCUCCUGAAGAACCUGAUGACAUGGGCCACGAGGUCAUGACAGUGGCCGCCGGCGAUUCAUGGGAUCGCCCAUUGUUCGAAGUCCUCACGCAGCACCAUACCGACCCCAAGAACACUCCACGUCUCGCACAAGACAAAAGAUUCGUUGGAGCUUUGGAUAGUGCUUGCAAUAGAACAUGUGCAGGUUCCUCAUGGUUGGCCUUCUACCUCCAAGCCCUUGAACGUGCUCCUUCCUAUAUCCAGAACCUCAUCAUCACCAACCCCGAGAAUGAGUUGUUCAGGUUUGGAAAUGGUGGUACCCAAAGAAGCACCGUGAGGUACAGACUCCCUAUGGCCCUGGGUUCGACUUUGGUUUUGGUGUGGGUGUCAAUAGUGCCAGUGCCGUCGUUGGGGCUCCUUUUGGGAAGAGACUUUUUGAGCGCUAUCGGUGCGGUCCUUUCGUUCGGCCGCAAGCUACUGAGAGCUGACUUGGUGGGUGGCGAACUUUUGGAGUUGGGUCAGCUGGCCGCAGGCCACUUCGCCCUUCCACUCCAGCCACGCCAAUGGCCUCGUCCGGACUCCCAACGCUGGCGGAAACUUGGACAAGACGGCAUAGUUGAACUUCAGUUGAACAGUUUUGAUUUUUGGAAGAAACAGUUGCAAUUGAAGAUGAGUCAUUUUGAAGUGCCUUUUGAGUCAACCUCCGAAGCACCGCAUGAGCACCUUGUGACAGAGCAUGCGAUCCUUGCUGCGACAUCGGCCGGGGCUCAAGCUAUGAAGGAUCUGUGGAUCGUAAUGGAAGCGGCCCAGCACUUCGACCUGACCGAGAACGACUACACGAAGGUGGUGCUGCGCUGGCGGCGAAUGCUUCUCCGCCUUCGCGCAAAGGCCGCUUGGCACGCACAUGGCUUGCUCUUGUGGCUGUUGCCUCGUCCGCAGCUGCGGUACGCGCCCUUUCCGUACCCCAGCAUCAGCCAUACCAGACAUUGGCAAGAACAAGCAUUGAUGGUCAAGCACUGGCAGCGAGCUCGAACCCAAGAACCGUCAGUGUACACGACCAAGAACCUCCUGGACUUGGGACAAUUCAGGAACCGUGCUGGCCUCAACUUCGCCUUCAUGGAGGACAACGUGUUGCAAGGAAUGCUUGCGGCACGCGCCAGCAAAGGCCUGACGGCCCAAUUGAAGCGGGAUGCCAUUCAGGAAGCCCAACUCGAAGCCGAGGCCGCUACCAAGCGUGGAGAGAAGCACGACAUGGUGCGCUCCCUCAUCGGCCCAAAGGGAGGCCUGCCAACGUUGAAGGCAGACCUGGUGAAACUGGCUUCACUCCUGAACAUCCCCGUCCAGACUGGAAUGACUGUGGAAGAUCUCAAGAAAGCUUGCCGCCCCUUGGUUGCCGAGAUCGCUCAAGAGCCAACUCCCUCGAAGGCAAGUGGAUCUACCAGUUCAACGGAAAGACAUGUCCCCGAGACGUCAAUGGCGAGACCUUCUCAAGCGCCCGAGACAAUUGGCGCAAAGGCCAAGGCAUCUCCUGGAGUGACCGCUUAA